AUGGGGCUGAAGGCUCGGCGCGGCGCUAGCGGGGCGGCGGCGACAUCGGGCGGCCGGGCGGCGACAGGAGGUGGCGGCGGUGGCGGCGGAGGUGGCGGCGGUGGAGACCCCGAGCAGGGCUCGCUGGCCCUGGGGUCCGGAGCCGAUCGCGACGGGACUCUGCUGCUGGAGGGCGGCGGGAAGGACGAGGGGGGCAAGCGGAGCCCGCCGGGCUUGGGGCUGCUGGCCAAGACCCCCCUGAGCCGCCCGGUGAAGAGGAACCACGCCAAGUACCGACGGGUCCAAACUUUGAUCUACGACGCCCUGGAGCGACCCCGAGGCUGGGCGCUGCUCUACCACGGCUUCGUGUUUCUGAUUGUCUUGGGGUGUUUGAUCUUAGCUGUCCUGACAACUUUCAAGGAAUAUGAAACUGUUUCAGGAGACUGGCUCCUCUUGUUGGAAACUUUCGCCAUUUUCAUCUUUGGAGCAGAGUUUGCCUUAAGAAUCUGGGCUGCUGGGUGUUGCUGUCGCUACAAAGGAUGGAGGGGGAGACUCAAAUUUGCCAGAAAGCCUCUGUGCAUGCUGGAUAUCUUUGUGCUGAUUGCUUCAGUGCCAGUGGUUGCUGUUGGGAACCAGGGCAAUGUUCUGGCCACAUCUCUCAGAAGCCUCCGCUUCCUUCAGAUCCUAAGGAUGCUCCGAAUGGACAGGCGGGGUGGCACAUGGAAGCUUUUGGGAUCGGCCAUUUGUGCACAUAGCAAAGAACUCAUCACUGCUUGGUACAUCGGGUUCCUGACGCUCAUCCUAUCCUCGUUUCUUGUUUAUCUGGUUGAAAAAGAUGUGCCUGAAAAGGAUGCUAAUGGCGUGGAGAUGAAGGAAGAGUUUGAAACCUAUGCAGAUGCAUUGUGGUGGGGGCUGAUCACCCUUGCUACGAUUGGGUAUGGUGACAAGACCCCCAAGACAUGGGAGGGCCGGCUGAUUGCAGCUACGUUCUCUCUCAUUGGAGUGUCUUUCUUUGCUCUUCCUGCAGGCAUUCUGGGAUCAGGGCUGGCACUGAAGGUCCAGGAGCAACAUCGUCAAAAACAUUUUGAGAAAAGAAGAAAGCCAGCAGCUGAACUCAUUCAGGCUGCCUGGAGAUACUAUGCUACUAACCCCAACAGGAUUGAUCUAGUUGCUACCUGGAGGUUUUAUGAAUCAAUUGUAUCAUUUCCAUUUUUUAGGAAAGAGCAAUUGGAUGGUACUGCCAGUAAUGUCAUGUUUAGUAGGGAGUCAUUCUUUGGAUCAAGCCUCACAAGAAAACUUAGCCAAAAGCUGGGUCUCUUGGAUCGGGUUCGUGGUACCAAUACUAAAGGAAAGCUAUUUACCCCUCUGAAUGUAGAUGCCAUUGAAGAAAGUCCUUCAAAAGAGCCUAAGAAUGUUGUCUUGAAUAAUAAGGAGCGUUUUCGCACUGCAUUCCGAAUGAAAGCGUACGCUUUUUGGCAAAGCUCAGAAGAUGCAGGUACAGGGGAACCCAUGGGAGAAGAGAGAGGCGACAGUAGUGACUUCCUCAUGGAAGAGAUGAUCCCCACAUUCAAGACAGCCAUCCGAGCUGUCAGAAUACUACAGUUUCGUCUCUAUAAAAAAAAAUUCAAGGAGACAUUGAGGCCUUAUGAUGUAAAGGAUGUGAUAGAGCAAUACUCAGCAGGGCAUCUUGAUAUGCUUUCCAGAAUAAAGUAUCUUCAGGCAAGAGUAGAUAUGAUUUUUACACCUGGACCUCCAUCUACUCCCAAGCAUAAGAAAUCCCAAAAGGGAGGAGCUUUUUCUUACCCUUCACAACAGUCUCCCAGAAAUGAUCCAUAUGUAGCCAAAGCAUCUACAGCAGAUACUGAAGACCAAAGUAUGAUGGGCAAAUUUGUUAAAGUUGAACGACAGGUUAAUGACAUGGGGAAGAAACUGGAUUUUCUUGUCGAUAUGCAUAUGCAUCAUAUGGAACAGCUGCAAAUACAAGUCGCUGAGAUAAGUCCAUUGAAAGAAACUGCUUCUCCUGCAAAGGAGAAGAGAGAAGAAAACAAGUAUUCUGAAUUAAAAACAAUAAUAUACAAAUACACUGAGCAGUGUGCUCAUGAAACUCCAUACAGCUUUCAGCAGGUUCCAGUCAACAAAGUCAGUCCUUAUGGUUUCUCAGCACAUGGUCAUGUGACUCAUUCACAACCUUUAUCAACGGGUGGGCAAAACUCUGGCAAACUGCAAGCCACACCUUCCUCAACUUCAUAUGCAGAAAGGCCAACAGUUUUGCCUAUAUUUACGUUGAUGGACUCACAGGUUAGCUACCACUCCCAAGGAGACCUGCAAAGCCCUUACUCAGACAAAGUGUCUCCAAGGCAGAGAAGGAGCUUAACAAGAGACAGCGAUACGCCAUUGUCCCUUCUCUCUGUCAACCAUGAGGAACUUGAGCGCUCCCCAAGUGGCUUCAGUAUCUCCCAAGACAGAGACGACUUUCCUUUUGGCCCCAAUGGGGGAUCUGCAUGGAUGAGAGAGAAACGUUACCUAGCAGAGGGAGAAACAGACACAGACACCGAUCCUUUUACACCAAGUGGCUCCAUGCCUUUGUCUUCAACAGGAGAUGGGAUUUCAGAUUCAAUAUGGACCCCUUCAAAUAAGCCAGUUUAAAAGUGUGUGGGGGGUUAGUCACUGGUUGACUUCUCCGUGUAAUGUAAGCAUACUUUGUAUAUCUCACUUACUCUACACCCAAAGCUUACUAGUUCAAAACACCAAUGGCUGCAUAAGAUGCAUGUGUAAUUAGUGGUAGUCAUUCUGCACCAUUUCAUACAAUUUACUAAUGCAGUUUUUUUCAUGCUACCAAAACUAAGGAGCUUAGUUUUGAGCACGGUUUGCAUGACUUUACCCUAUAUAAAUGGUACAGCUGAUUUCUUCUAUGAUACAUAUCUAUUUGAUACUCUUCAAUACAAGGUGGAUUGAUAACAGCCAAGAUAUGACGUCCUUGCUACGCUUUGUAAACUGAGCAGCAAAGUCAAAACAGUUCCAGGAGCAAUAUCAUUUUGUGGAAAUUAGAAGUCUGAAUCCAUUUUCCAAUAUAAGUAAAUCAAUUCUAUCCAACCUAGGCAAAAGGAUCUAACCUUCAAAGGGAAAAAGCUGAGUCAAAGUAAAUAACAUUACUGAAACAGUUUUGUAAACUAAAUGUUUCUCGUGAUCUGUUAUACAACUACCCAUGAAAUACAAUGCCAAAUGAAACUAGGGGUAGAUUAGUCAUUGAUAUUUAUUUACUGUAUAAAUUCCUCAAGCUACUUUGAAAAUCUCCACUAGUGGUUAUAAAAUUGCUGGAAGUGCGACUACAAUACUGUUUUGUAGAAAAAACUUUUGCCAAGCCCAUUGGUUUCUUAUGGGGACAAGGUUUCUUUCUGUUCAAAAAAAAAAAAAAUAGUAUUCAAUGUAGGUUUCAAAUUCCAGGUUUCUACUCUCCACUCUUUUAUUGACUUACAUGAUAUUAAGUAAGCUGCAUAAUGCAAGUGUGCUUCAGUUUCCCAUCUGUUAAUUCAGAGUUAUACUUACAUAUAUACAAGUUGUGAGACUCAAUUCACUAAUAUUUGUCAAGUGUUUCGAGCUCCUCAGAUGUGGAGAGUCUCACUGUUUUGUUACCUGGGGGUUCCACAGUGCAGGAAGAUGCCAGGGUUUGGCUUACAGUUUCUCUUCAAAAUGGACUGCUCCAAAUCCAUGUAUGUGUAUCAUAUUUAACAUCAAUGUACAAAUAAAUAAAUACCAUUCUUGUGUCCUGUCCCUGAGCAACAGAGGUAUAAGUAUACUCAUUAGGCCUCAGCCAAACGUUUUGCAUGAGAACUGGAAAAUGUGUUGAGGGAGAGCAAGGAAACCAUCCAGCCCACUGGGCACCGGGCAAAAAUGAAUCUGAGAUCUCACCACCACAAUGGGAAUGUAGUAUCUGCACAGCUAGUGUAAACAAUCUGUCCGAAUAUCCUAUGCAGGAUUCAUCUGAUCUUAGUUCAGGAGUCCAUGAAAUAGUGUCCAUCUGAUGUCAAAUUUUAUUUCUAUGCACUUUACAGCCGUGGAAAAAUAAUCAAUACAGUCAGUGAGCGCAGGGUACAAGAACCAAAGCAUACAUCAUCUUUAGGAUUGGAUUAAUCAGACUUUUAACUCCAUUAUCUACAAUUGCCAACUGACUUCAAAGGGAGCUGAGGGUGAUUUCCUUAGAAGUAGGCAUGUCACAGACACCCACGGUCAGUGGAUGAGGCUCUCACCUCCACCCCUUUUAUCCACGGUGCAGCCUCUCUACCAUGGCUCCUGUCCACUUCCUGUUAAGAAUCAUCCCUGCCACUCCAAAUGUCUAAUGAGUACUACCAUGGCUAGAGCACCGAUCAACAAAGACAUAAGGAUUUGACCAAAAAAGACAUUAGAAAGUGAUUUUUCUGUAGUGACUGUUUGUUAUACUGCAGCUAUACAACUGAGCACCAUUGGUACAUGCAGUUAGAGCACAAGAAAGAGAUACACCCUACUGGGAUUCUCAUGUGUAUCUGUAACUGGGUAACGCACAGGCCUGGAUAGAGUGUGCUUCGGUGAAAGACACCUUGUUGGGUUUUUCCCACUAUAGUAAACUUUGUGUUUGUUGAUUCUUUCAUACUUUUGACAUCUUAUGACAGGUAUUCCAUCCAGGCAUCUUCUAUUCUUUUCCAGAUGUAGGCAUUGCCUUCAUCUUCAUUAUUUAUUCUCUAUUUAAGAGACAUCUAAAGGAUUAGGAUCUUUGUACUCUUAAGACUGGAUCUGCUUUUUAGCUAAAAUCAUGAUACACCCUUGUGGCCCAGAUCUUUAGGGAGAAGAAAUUGCUGUAGUUACUUGAGUAAACAAAGCACACCAAUUACAGCCUUUGAAGACUGAGCUGAGUCCAUGGGGCUAUUCUGAGGUCAGUAACUAUGAUAAUACAAGAUACAAUUUUGGUAAUUAGUUAAUUGACAAAUAGUCUGUGUUUGCUGCAGUUUCAUGGCUAAACUCAAAGAGAAUAAAACUAGCUGAUGAAAGUGUAAUUCACUGUAAUUUGACAUGUUGAGAAAAAACUUUUGGCCACCAAUGAUUCUUGGAAAUACCUAUACUUUACUUGCUGUAAUCUUUUUAAUGUAAUUAUAUAUAUCAAUGGUGACUCAUAAGACUUAACCCUCAUGUGAUGAAUGAAAAAUAAUGAAAACUUAUAUUAACAUUGCUAGACUUCUUCUGAAGUUGUGUGUAAGUAUAUGGUAGACAAGCUUGUUUCAUAUUUCUAGUAUGCCAAGUGCCUGACAUUCCUACUGAUUUCAGUGGAGUUUGGCCCUUCUUAAGAUUCUUUCUAGAGAUGAGAAUUCAAAAAUCAAAACAGCCCAAAGCCAAGUGCAAUUUGAGAAAUUUGUUUGUGAAGGCCUUUGACAGUGGCUAUGCCAUGCAGUUCUCUGCUCAAUUCCCCCUCCAAUUCUUCAGUUCAGGUUUCUAAUCUCUCCUAUGCCAGGUCAUAUAAAAUGAAUAUUUUCUCAGUAUUAAACCUGCCUGAAAACCUGUAAAUCAACUCAUUAUAAAGGUACGUUCAUUUUAAGAGAAAAUCCAAGCAGAGGCAGGGAUUUGGAUCAGUCUUAUCUGCACACAAAAAUGCAGCCCUAGGGAAAUCAGGAUUUGGGCUACCCUAAAAUCUGUGCACUGUAGCAGCUGAACUGCCUCCAAGUUUGCAUUUGCAAUGGGCUGUACGCACCAAUUUACCAUAAGUAGGUUAAAAACACAGGGCCAGGUGUCUGUAGUUACAUCAUGAAAUAUUUAAUGACAUGCUAAGUGACCAGUUAGGGCCUGCUUCAUCCUAAAUGUGCUGGUGGCAAGUUCACUAAGGCUGUGUACAGUGGGCAUCUCUGGGUCCUCUGGAAAAUACACUAGGGGAGGGUCAAGUAUGGUCUUACUAGCUUAUUUUAUUAUUUAUGUUACCCAACACACUUAUUUCCAUUGAAACCAGUCACUGGUCACUUCAGAAGGGCGAUGUGCUCAGCAGCACUGUCAUCCUAGAUCAUCUGGAUUAAAAAAAAAAAAAAACACAGAGUGCAUUCAUUCUGUUCUUUGUGUUGGCAAUGUAAAUGUGUCUAGAUAUCACCAGUAAGGUGAGACCUGGAAAUCUUC